AUGACCGUUGAAACCGAUAUCAUCCAGCCUGUAAAAGACUUUAUUCGUGAUAGCAAGUUUUUGCUGAAUCGUUGCACAAAGCCUGAUAGAAAGGAAUUUACUCAGACUGCCACUGCUUCUGCGGUUGGAUUCGUUGUUAUGGGUUUAGUGGGUUACUUCGUGAAGUUGAUCCAUAUUCCGAUCAAUAACAUCCUCAUCGGUGCCUAAAUGAAAUCACGACUGUGGGU